UAAUUGCAAUCUCGCGAGCAAUUACGAGGCAUCUACGAAAGAUAUGUGCGAUAAGAAGUUGCUAGAAAAUAUAUCUGUUGUACACGAAGGUUCAUAAAAUAGAAAUUGUUUUAAGGACGGAAACAAGGAAACUGUGAUUUCUAGAGUCAAUCAUGGAUUACGUGUCCCGUUUGUGAUGCGUCACCGGGUAUAUGGGGCAGUGCUUCGAUACGCCGGUACAACCUGCACUGCACUAACCUUGGUUUGACAUCGCGGAGUGUGCGUGCUAGUGGAAAGGUAAGAUGGCGGCGGACGGAGAUGUGAUUCCUGAUCAAGAAAAAGUACGAAUAGUUUCGGACUUUAUACUACACUCGCCACCGGGCGAAUUCAAUGAGGUUUUCAAUGAUGUGAGGGUCUUGUUGAACAACGACAACCUGUUGAAGGAGGGUGCGUCCGGGGCAUUUGCUCAAUACAACAAGGAUCAGCUCACGCCUGUUAAGAUUGAAGGCAGCGAGUAUCCUGCACUUAUAACAGAACACAAUGAUCUAGGUGCACAAAGGUUUUACGAUGCUCGUAGUAAGCAGAGUUUUAAAUACGAUCAUCUUAGGAAGGAGGCGCAAGAUUAUGAACCUUAUGAACCAGAUCCUGUAGCCGAACCGUGGAGGUCAGCUCUUCAGGAUGAAAUAACAACUUACACUCAAAGCCACUAUAGACAUGGUGCAUGUUCAAUUUUUGGAAAAAGUCAAGGAGGUAACAUUACACUAACAGCUUGCAUAGAAGAUCAUCAAUUUCAACCUAAAAAUUUUUGGAACGGUCGUUGGCGUUCUGUAUGGACUGUAAGUUUUAGUCCAAGUUCAGGAAAUGCAGAAUUAAGAGGUAGCCUUAAAGUACAAGUACAUUACUAUGAAGAUGGAAAUGUACAGCUGGUCAGUAGCAAAGAAGUAAAAGAAAGCUUACCAAUUUCUAACGAAAAGCAGACAGCGAAGGAGUUAAUACGUCUUGUCGAGGAAUCAGAAAAUGACUAUCAGACUGCGAUUUCGGAAAACUACCAAACAAUGUCUGACACAACCUUCAAGGCCUUGCGAAGGCAGUUACCCGUUAUGCGAACGAAAAUUGACUGGAACAAAAUUGUAUCGUACAGUAUUGGCAAAGAGCUUAAAAGUCAAUAGAAAUAGAUUUUUUUAUAUAAUAUUAAGAGAAAUAAUUAAAAAGCGCAUUUUGCUGCAUGGGUGAAGUCUGGAGGUGUGAUGUGCAUGGGAGCAAAUGUAACAAUGCUAUAAUAAUGUUUGGUUAAAGGUGUUUGACUGGAACUCAUGCAUGCCACUCAAGGUUCCUCUGGACCCCAUACUGUAUCUUAUUGCAAGAUCUCAAGCAAUAAAAAAAUAACAUCUUUACAGUCAUAUGCUGCUUAACAGAAAAAGGGAAGAGUAUUGCUCUAUACUAUUUUCUUUAUUCAUUAAGUUCUGUAUUAACGACUUCUAAUUGCUCAAAACGUACAUUUACUACUUCGUAACCUUUUUAAAUGAAUUUUUUCAGCAAAUGUUUUGCCAUAACUGAUUUCACACACAUAGUAGGUUUGAUAUGCUUCUUUCUGCAUUUAAAAUGUUGAUUUACCCGUUUAUCUUCAAUCAAUGGAUCCGUGUUACAUUCGUUUGUAAAAUUAAUAAUACUUAAUAAUAUACAAAUUUGGGGUAACGGGGAUCCUUGGUCUUACUUUUGGUAAGCAUUUUAAUUAGAAUUAUAUUUAGUCAAUCAAACCACGUUAAAUCUGUAAUUAUUAGCAAAAAUCAAAUAUGAAUCUGAAACUUGGGAGUGGAAUAUUGGAAUUUAUUAAUGCAAUUAAUGGAUUCAUUCAAAGUUUAUCGAUUAGAUAGUAAUCUAUUUUGUUAGCAUUGAACACACACACACACACAGAUACAAAAUAGCUACUUUAUAUUUCCUUGAUCUCGUGCAAUAAUUAACAGAAGCCCUUCUGGUGAGUUGCAUUUAUUGAAUUUAUUCAUUAUAAUUACUUAUGCGGAUUAUUGUCUUCUUGAUAAUUUGGAUGAAUGCAUUAUUUUGCUCCGUAAUUUCUGUACUAUGCAAUUUACUACAUCAUAGCUCGAAGUUGAAGCUUUAUACUAAAGAAAAAAAGGUUCAAUACCUUUUUUAAAUUACAUCGAUAUCGUGGUGUUUACAGUCAAGGUAUAGCAUAAUAAAAGAUGUUGCACAGUGGAAAGAAAAUAGCUGUCUAACAUGUGCAUGUUCGGUCAGCCUAAUGAAAUCAUCGAGUUAAAAUACUUGAAUCAAUGGGGGAUUAAAAUUUCAAUUCGUUAGAUGCACAAUAAUACAAUCUCUUCUAACACAUAAGCCUUGUAACACUUAAAAAGCACAAUAACACAUCUUGUACAUCUUUGAACGAAUAUUACCAUACUGGUUUCGUGCUAUGUACAAAUAUAAUAGCAUGCUGGGGCCACAGGUGAUGUCAAAAUAUGUAAUAUCAAACAGAAUAGGUAUGUCUAUCUUCAACUCACAAUCCGGUACAGAAUACCAUUACGUGUUCAUACCAUUCAGUACACAAAGUAUACAAAGGGAAAACUUAAUUCUGAACAAAUAUUGGUGGGCAAGGCCUACUAUUUUUGUCUAACUUUAUAUUUCAUAAAGUAUAAAUUUAUACAUUUUUGUUAAGAUGUAUUGUUUUACGAUAAGUAUGUCUAUUAUGGCAGAUACGUUGCAAAGUUUAAUAAUAUUGAAUAAAAUAAAUGUUAAUCAUUGCAACUUAAUUUCUGUGUUAAUCAUAUUGUAGUUGUAUGGGUCAUUUGUAUCGAGUAAUGAUGUUGAAAAAGAAAAAGAAGAAUCUUUUGGUGCUAUCGCUUACCACACAUUACACAACCAGACAUGUACGCGAAAACGGAAACUAACAAAGUACAUAAUGCAUUGUACAUUGUAGAAUGUAGCCUAUAGCCUGCUGGAGCCUUAAUCUGUUCACUUUAUGUUGAGGGGGUAUUAUGUACAUAUGUUAUUUGAAUGAAUGAAUGUGACGAAGCACACUACCAUUUGACUUCUCAGACUUUAGGAUUCGAAACAUGUUUGUAAUAUUAUUCAUAUUUUGUAAGUUACAUCGUAAUUCAAAAUAUUUUAUUUAACCAUACCAUUUGAUAACUUUUGGAGAAAAAUCUUUGGAGCAGACUAUAUGCACAAUUUAAAUAUAUAAGACUAAAAAAAUCGUUUUAUUAGUUGUGAAAAUAAAGAAUUAAAAGAGAUGCAGGGAUACGAUACAAAGAAAAAAAAAAUUAGUAUACUAAAUAUUGCAAUAAUGAAAUUUUAUAUGUAAAUAUGAACGUGCAUAUUAUUUCCACAUUGUAAUUUGUGUUACGUAUGUAAAUUACAAAUGAAGCGUUGAAGUUUCGAAUCUUAUCAAACUUUACAGAAGAAUAGUUGCCUAUGAUAAUAAAAUUAGGUAUUACCUACAAUCGAGUGUAUCGUAAAAUAAGAAACGCAUGUCCUUAUGUAAAAACUUAAACCAGAAUACAUUUAUCAGUUAAAUUAUGUAUUAUUAAAUGUUAUGAUUGAUUAAAUAAAGUGACACGACACUUUA